GCCAGAUAACGACGGAGCCUCCCGGCGUCCGCGUCGCUCGCUGACCGGGUCCCGCACGGAGGAUGUGCACUGCAGCUCUGCCUUCACGGUUCUCCACACUCUUCCAGGGGCGGAAGGAAAUGAACACAUCCGAGGGGUCAGUGUCGUUCGAGGAUAUAUCUGUGGCCUUCACCCGGGAUGAGUGGCAGCUGCUGGACUCUGCUCAGAGGCACCUGUACAGGGACGUCAUGCUGGAGAACUACAGGCACCUGUUGUCCCUGGGGCACUGUGUCGCCAAACCUGAGCUGAUAUUCAAGUUGGAGCAAGGAGAAGAACCACGGAUAGUAAAGGGAGAGUUCCCGAGUCAGAGCCACCCAGAAGUCCAGAAAGUCAAUAACAUGAAAGAGAGAAGCCAAGAAAAUGAAGAUAUAUAUCCAAAGCAAGCUUUAUUCAGCAACAACAAAACAAUGACUAAGGAGAGAAGUAAAACCUUAGGAGAAGAAAUUAAUAUGGCCACAAACCCAGUGUCUUCAAGAAAAAUAUCUCAUAAAUGUGACUCAUUUGGAACAAACUUGAAAAGUGUUUCAGAAUUAAUUCUUAGUAAUAGAAUCCAUGCAAUAAACAAGCCCAACAAUUUCAACGGAUGUGUAUUCCUUGAUACUAUGCAUGAGAAAACUCAUACAAUGAGCAAGCCCUGUGACAAUGAUCAAAAGAAGUCCCACAGUCAUAAUGAUUACUUUAGUCAACAUCAGAAGAAUUCAGCUUCAGAGCAACUUCUUACAUAUAAUAAUUGUGGGAAAGCCUUUCACAAAAAAACAGCCUUUGUUACAUAUAAGAGAGUUCCCACAGGAGAGAACCCCUCUGAAGGUAAAAAACAUAGAACAACCUUCAAGCAAAAGUUAAAGUUCAGUGCUUAUCUGAAAACCCUUAGGGAAAGGAAGCCACAUGAAUCCAGUAAAAAUGGGAAAUCUUCAUGGGCUGGAGAGUCCAUGAGCCAUCCUGAAGCUGCAGGAAUGCAGCUUGGCCUCAAACUCCAGAAAAACACCAAGAAGUCUCAGGACUAG